AUGGCUGCUGCUUCAACUUCUUCUGUCAAUGUGACCCAUCAAGGUCGAGACUCGUCUCCCGCUGGACGGCAGCCGAGAGCCAUCAAAAAGAUGCCCAGCAUACAAAGAAUCAAUUCAUCAAACUAUCCUUCAAUGUACUACACCCCUGCAUCAGCCCAUAGCUCUUCGCACAACUCGCGAGCUGUUUCGCCACAUCUUGGCUCUGUACAGUCGUCGCCGGCUAUCAGCGGCAUCAGCUACUAUAACACUAGUCAGCGUACGGCGAGUCCUGGCCCGUUCGACCUACCCGAACCAGUCAACGCUCCACCAAUUUCGUCGUCCCUGGGCAGAGAAUCUGCACCAGGUCUGAUACGAAGGGUCUCAGGUGCCGCCAGAGGCCAAUUAGCUCAGACUAAGGAGGCACUACGCAGGAAAACCUCAUCCUCGAAUUAUCGUCGUCGCGAUGACAGCACCGGUCCAGUCGCCCGUCGACGAAGUGACAGUAAAACCAUGACCGUGGGCAAUGGCAAUCUGGACUCUGGCUCGUUCGAGUACCUCCAGUCAGACACGAACGCCGGCCUUGGCCUGUUCGAGACAAUGAGCAUCACUGCUGAGCCAGCAGCGAUCAGUGAUCAUACACCGGAAGGCCAAGCGCCGGCCGUGCCAGAGAGCCUGAUUGCUGGAAGCACUUUGGUCAAAGUGACGCAGCACAACAAACCAGUGGACAAAACGUUCUUUCUCGAUUCCUCAGGAUCGCGUGUCAAUUGGAAAGGCAGCUUCUCCAUGAAAGCCUUCCAUGUCGACAACAUAAAAAGCAUUCGCAAAUGGGCAGAAGCUGCCAACUACCAACAGGAACUCCGCGGCGAUGCGGUCAACCCCGACCUCUGCUUCACUGUCAACUACACCACUUCUGACUCCUCAAAGCGGGUCAAGAGUCUGCAUCUUAUGGCUAAAUCCCGUGAAGAGGUCGAUCUGUGGAUCGACACACUAGAAGCUCUAGCCAAGCACCGUGAGCAGCUCAUGUCGUCCAUGAUGGGCACGAUGGAACGUGAAGGUCUCACAAAACAGCACUGGGACAGCGAGCUGCGGCAGAGACUGCAUAAAUCCGACAGCGCUAAAUGGGACAGACUCGAUCUACCUGCCAUUCAGAGUCUCUGUGAGCGUUUACAUAUACACUGUCAUGCGAAAGAUCUGGAGUACGCAUUCGAAGACGCUGACACCUCAAACAAGGGUUCUUUGGAUUAUCAGCAGUUCAAACACUUCGUUCGCACGCUGAGAGUGAGGAAAGACAUUCACAGAGUCUUUCAGACGUUCUCCGAGCAUUCGCCAUACAUCACCAGAGCUCGAUUCGUGCAUUUUCUUACCUAUCACCAGGGUGUCAACCUUGAUGAUGAAGCUGUCAACGAGAUCUGGAGUACUAAAAUUCAAGACUUGAUCGAUAGGUCGCGCGACGUCGAAGAUGGUUCUGUCUUGACCGAUCGCAUUGACUAUCCAGCCUUUGCCUCAUUCGUGGCAUCACACGACUGCCACGUCUAUAAAGCCGCAAUGGCGACGCCACCGAAAUUCGACAUGCCAUUCAGCUCUUACUUUGUUUCGAGCUCACACAACACGUACCUGACAGGACGCCAAGUAGCUGGCACUUCUUCGGCAGAGACCUACGUCACAGCACUCCGCCAUGGCUGCCGCUGUGUUGAAAUUGAUUGUUGGGAUGGACCUGACGGCAACCCACGAGUAACCCACGGUCACACGGGGACAUCGUCCAUUCCGUUCGUUGACUGCAUCCGGGCAAUCAACAACUCCGCUUUCGAUGUAUCACCAUAUCCAGUGGUCGUGUCUUUGGAGGUGCAUUGCAACCCCGAACAGCAGCGCAAGAUGGUGGACACGAUGAAAGCGGUGUUCCAACACAAGAUGCUGGUCGACCUUCUACCAGACCGCACAACCGAACUUCCAUCACCAGAAGAGCUGAAGUACAAGAUUCUGAUCAAAGUCAAGGCCACCGAAGCUUUUGCUGAUCUCGGCGGUAAAGACGAGUCGCUGUCUGCACGGCAACGGAGCGCCAGCUCACCCUAUCGCAAAGGCAUUCCUCCUCCGUCAAUGUCAUCGAUCCCACCAAUGCCAACUUUGCCCAGUCCAGCCAUGACUGCGGCUUCCGAUUUCGGCAUCCACUCGCCUACGGACCGGUCAACUGUGGCCACCAGCGCAAGCAGUGCCGGCGAGGAGAGCGAUGCGCCCUUAGCAUCACCUGAUCCAAGUGACACUCCAUCGAAGACUCGCAAAACGAGCAAGAUCAUUCCGUACCUCUCGCAGCUUGGUGCUUACAUUCAAGGGUACACUCUGCGCAGUGCCAACGAUCUGCAUUUCAGGCAAUUCAACCAUAUCUUCUCUAUCAAUGAGAACACUGCAAUGGGUUUAUGUCGACCUCCAGAAACGAAGGCUCUGUUCGAGGACCACAACGUGAACCACAUGUGCCGCGUUUAUCCAAAGACACUUAGAGUGGGAUCGUCGAACUUCGAUCCCAAUACGUUCUGGCGACGUGGAGUGCAGUUUGUCGCACUGAAUUGGCAGACUUUCGAUCCUCACAUGCAAAUGCAUCGAGCUAUGUUUGCGGCCGGCACAGAUGAAUAUGGUUACGUCUUGAAACCAGAACCUCUGAGAAAUCUUCGCUCUAAGGAUGGACCAUUUGAGACCAGGAGAAAGCUGCCCCGUUUCGAAGUCCAAUUUUCUGUCGGAGUCAUCUCGGCACAGCAGCUCCCACGUCCCCAGAAUCUCGGUAAAAACGAGCCGAUGAAUCCUUUCGUCGAGGUUCAGAUGUUCUCCGCUGAGGAUCGAGCACGAGGUAUUGCUCAAGGCACUGGUGGAUCGGCGAGCCUAGUUUCCAACGACUACCACGGCAUCGGUUCACCAUUGCGCUUGCGCACCGAGAUCGUUCCUGGCAAUGGCUACAAUCCGCAAUUCAACCUGGACCUAAACUUCAACCUCCAGACGAAAUAUCCGGAGCUGGUAUUUGUCCGAUUCAUUGUACACAACAGUCCGGACGGGAAGCCCUAUGGGAAGAAUUGCAAGCAGAUCGCUGUCUUCACUGCUAAACUUUCAGCCCUUCAGAAAGGCUACCGUCAUCUCCCACUGUAUAACGGACACGGCGAGGAGUUCAUCUUUUCUACCCUGUUCUGCCAUAUCGCUAGGAGCGAGCCCAAGCUUAUAUCGACAUCACUGCAAGACUCGCAGGACAGGAGCGCACGGCAGGCGUUCUUCAAACCUCUGACCUCGAUUGCUCGCGGCCUUUCAGGUGAUCGGACGCGGGAACGCUCGAGCAGCAUAGAGCAUCAGCUUGAGGAGGCAAAGGAGUUCCAGGAACGCACUUCUAGGAAAUGA